AUGGCGGCGGCGCUCUCUCUCGGGUCCGGCGAGGGUACCCGGCCGGGGGCGGGGUGGCGGCGGGAGGGGCGGGGAGGGGAGCGACGGCGAGGCGCGCGCGCGGCGCCCCGGGGAGCGCGCGGGGCGUGGGGUGGGGGCGGGGCGCGCGGGCCUCCGAACCCGCCGGCGGGGCCUGGAGCGCGCGCCCGCGGGGCCGCGCCGGGGGUUGCGCUCGAGAGAGGCUGGGAGAGGCCCCGGGGGCUGCACCCCCCCUGUCGGCAGCCGCAGCCGAGGGCAUCAACUCCUCAUCCCCACGCGCGCUCACAGGCCCCGGAGCCGAGCGAGAGCUACCCUGGGGCCCGUGCCUCCCCUUUCUCCCCUUCCCAACCCCACCCCAAGGAGUGCAGACCCCGCUGGAGGGUGCAGCCCAGGGCCGCUGAGCGCCAACACCCUGCGCCACUUCGAGCAAGUCACGUCGCCUCCCAGAACCUCGGUGCCCUCUUCUGCCAAGUGGCGGUGACGAGAGGGAGCUUGCGGGGUCGUGAAAGGUAUUCAAGGAGACGAGGAAAUUACGCCCAAGGUGCAAAAAAAAAGAAGCCCUGCGCGGGAUCCCACAACUUGGAGCCAGCCUGCCCCUCCACGUCAGACCCUCCAGCUGUCCGAGGCCCUGGAAGGCAUUCCUCAUCCAGGCUGGCGUCCCUCACCGGGUUGUUCAUUCCCAAGUCCAGAGUAGAAACGGAUGAAAUGAAGGCUCGUGCAGGAAGGCUCUUUGCCAGAAGGCCGAGUCCUUCUCUGAUGGGCGGGUUAUUACUAUUAACACAGCAUGUGCUGCUCGGCCAGUGUUUGUGGAACCCCAGCUGGAGGCAGGGAGAAGAAGGGGGCUGGAGACUGAGUUAAUAAUCAAUCAUGCCUACAUAAUGGAGCCUCCAUAAAAAUCCCUGAACUAC